AUGAUCCAUACUGGAGAGAAACCCUACAAAUGUGAAGAAUGUGGCAAAGCCUUUCACUCUCGUUCACAUCUUACUCAACAUACAAUGAUUCAUACUGGAGAGAAACCCUACAAAUGUGCAGAAUGUGGCAAAGCCUUUAACUCUCGUUCACAUCUUACUAAGCAUACAGUGAUCCAUACUGGAGAGAAACCCUACAAAUGUGAAGAAUGUGGCAAAGCCUUUCACAUGCGUUCAUGCCUUACUCGACAUACGAUGACCCAUGCUGGAGAAAAACCCUACAAAUGUGAAGAAUGUGGCAAAGCCUUUCACAUUCAUUCACAUGUUACUCGACAUAGGAUGAUGCAUACUGGAGAGAAACCCUACAAAUGUGAAGAAUGUGGCAAAGCCUUUCACAUUCGUUCACGCCUUACUCGACAUACAAUGAUCCAUACUGGAGAAAAACCCUAUAAAUGUGCAGAAUGUGGCAAAGCCUUUAACUCUCGUUCAUAUCUUACUAAACAUACAGUGAUCCAUACUGGAGAGAAACCCUACAAAUGUGAAGAAUGUGGCAAAGCUUUUCACUUUGGUUCAAACCUUAGUCAACAUACAAUGAUCCAUACUGGAGAGAAACCCUACAAAUGUGAAGAAUGUGGCAAAGCCUUUCACAUUUGUUCACGUCUUACUCAACAUAGGAUGAUGCAUGCUGGAGAGAAGCGCUACAAAU